AUAUGAGAAUACUUUCAAAGUUUUCAGUCUGUAAUUACUUGAGGGAAAAGGUAAGUAAAAACGAGAAAUUGCAUUAACCUAAACGAAUAAGGAAAAUAAGGCGGUGCACCAAACCCUCUAUAUAAACACUCUACCACCCCCUCUUAAUUUCCAUAAAACAAGCUCAAAACUUCAACAGAUCUCUCUCAAACUUGUUGUCCUUACAUCGUUUAAUUCUUUUGUUCCAGAAAAAAAAAAAAAGAACCAAAACAUCGAUCAUGACUUUGAUUAGGAGCAACACCUUCUUCACUUCUUUGAUGAUUCUUCUCGCUCUCUUUGGAGUUGCCUUUGGAGGAACAGUGCACAAAGUGGGCGACUCAAGCGGAUGGACCAUGAUGGGUGUUAAUUAUGAAGCCUGGGCUUCUUCAAGAACUUUUCAAGUCGGAGACUCUUUGGUUUUUGAAUACAACAACGGUUUUCACGAUGUCACAGAAGUCACUCACAAUGAUUUCGAGCUGUGUGAACCGUCUAAACCAUUAGCUAAAUAUCAAACAGGAUCAGAUACGAUCAGUCUAACAAAACCGGGAUACCAAAACUUCAUAUGCGGGUUUCCUAGUCACUGCGACAUAGGACAAAAGCUUCAAAUCCUUGUCCUACCAGCCUCGUUGGUUCCCGUCGCAGCUCCAGUUCCCGGACCAGUUCGAUCACCUACUACCUUCUCGUCAUCUCUUUCACCGGUCAAUAAUGUUCCACAACAUCAGAUGGGUCCACCACCAACUCCACAUAGCUCAGCUGCAACCUCUAGUGUUUGGAUCGGAUUCAGCUACUUUCUACUUUCUCUUUUCAUCUUAGUUUGAUAGAUCAUUCGCAUAAUAUUUUUUCCUUUGUCAUAUCUCUAAGAAUCUUUCUAUUUUUGUAUUUUCUUGAUGAUUAAUAAUAAUUAUUUAGUUUUAUAUGGUGUGAACAAAUUUUAGUAUCCAUUAAAAGUUAUUCAGAUUUAAUUUAAUUUAAUUUUUACUAUUCAUAUAAUAAAUUUUAAACGAUACCAUUCAUGUUAACGAUUAGGGAUAAGUUUGAUGUUAGAUUAUCUUAUCGAAUUUCAUAGUCUAUAUAUCAUUGUGUUUGUGUUAAGAGUUAAUAAAUCCUAUAGUUAGUCAUCUCAGGUACUUUAAUUUUCUCAUAAACGGCGUUGGUGUUAGGUACAAUAGGGAGAUAGAUGCUCAAAUAUGUCAUGAUAACAGCACACCAAGUUACUCGUUUGCUUGAGUUCUUUACAACUAUAGCAGUUUCUAUUUUUUCAAUAAACUUUUUUUCAACUAUAAGAAGUAUCUGUUAAUUACAAAAGAUUUUCUAUAUUGUUUUCUAUUUAUAGAGAAAUAUAUUUUCCACAAAAAAAAAGAAAGAGAAAAGGUUAUCUAUACGGCCGGAUAUAAUGAACAAAACAGUAUUUUUAAUGGAUGUUUGGCCAUCAAUAUUAGUUAAAACUUUAUAAGAUUUCUACUUCAAAAAUAAUAUUAGAAUGAUAUCUAUGAAUGUUAUAGUGAGAAAUAUUAGGAGAGGUUCUCAAAAUUAUAUAAAAAAAAAAUUCAAAGUUGUAGUCUCUUUCUCUCAUUCUUUUUAUUUUUUUUAUUUAUUUAUGAGAAACUUUUCAAAAAAAAAAAACUCAUCAAUGAGAAUGCUUUAUCCUUACAACUUGAUUAUUUAUUCCCUCAGCUCUAUG